AUGAAUGCUCGUCUUUUAUUUACAGUAAAGACGCUGUGCAUUGCCAGACUGUGUACUGCAGUUUGUGGGCUAGACUUAGGGACCUGUAUGCUUCAAGGUGACCCUCAGCCACCUGCACUUUCUGAGGAUGGAGACUUUAUCAUUGGAGGGGCUUUUACCAUUCAUUACUAUGUGAGGACAGAGAAGCACACCUAUACUAGGAAGUCACAACCAUUAGAGUGCAGUGGCAGCAUGGACUUCAGAGAGCUGCGCUUUGCUCGUGCUUUGCAGUUCGCCAUUCAAGAGAUCAACAACAGCUCUGAUCUUCUGCCGGGCAUCUUUUUAGGGUACCACAUAUAUGACUCCUGUGGCUCUAUUCCAAUGGCAAUCAAGGUAGCCUUACAGCUUGCUAACGGACUAGAUCUUAAAUAUAACGACACUGACUCCUGUGCAAAAUCUGCCGCAGUCCUCGCACUAGUUGGAGAUUCUGCUUCCACGCCGGCUAUAAGCAUUUCAAGAAUAUUCGGUCCUUUUGGAAUUCCACAGGUGAGUCAUUACGCAACAUGCGCGUGUCUCAGUGACAAGCGACAGCACCCUACUUUCUUCAGGACCAUCCCCAGCGAUCACCACCAAGCCGCCGCACUGGCGCGGAUGGUCAAGCGCUUUGGGUGGACGUGGAUCGGGGCUGUGCGCAGUGAUUCAGACUACGGGAACAAUGGCAUGGCAGCAUUCCUGAAAGCUGCUGAGAAAGAGGGAAUUUGUGUGGAAUAUUCUGAGGCCUACUACAGGACCUACCCGCUCAGUAAACUUAAAAGGGUUGCGGAUGUCAUUCGCAGAUCAACGGCUCGUGUUAUUGUUGCUUUUGUGGCCGCAGGUGAUAUGAGAUUUCUCCUAGAAGAGCUGAGCAAACAGCCUCUUCCUCUAGUGCAGUGGAUUGGCAGUGAAGCGUGGGUUACAGACCCACAGAUGCUGCGGUUUAAUUUAUGUAUAGGAACGAUGGGCGUUGCGGUACCGCGAUCUGUUAUCCCGGGCUUUCGUAAAUUUCUACUUGACCUGUCCCCAUACAAGGUAUUGAAAUUUCCCCUGCUGACAGAAUUCUGGGAAAGCUCAUUUAGUUGUAGUCUAAAACAGCAGACAGGUCUUUCUACUGACAUGCCUGCAUGUGAUGGCACAGAGGACCUUGGCACGUUAAAGAACCCGUACACAGACACGUCCCAGUUGCGCGUCUCUAACAUGGUGUACAAAGCCACGUAUGCUAUAGCUCAUGCACUCCAUGGCACUGUCUGCAACGAAACGCAGUGCAACAAAAACAUCAAAGUUAACCCCCGACAGGUUUUUGAUCAACUCAAGCAAGCACAUUUUUCUAAAAAUAAUUAUUCGGUUUCGUUUGAUGCUAAUGGAGACCCUGUGGCCGUGUAUGAACUUGUAAACUGGCAGCUUCAGGAAGAUGGUUCAAUUGAUUUUGUGACAGUGGGUAAAUAUGAUGCGUCCCAGUCUGUAGGCCAAGAAUUCAGCCUGAACAGUGCUAUCAUUUGGUAUGAUGGCAGUGAAAAGGUGCCUGUUUCUGUGUGCAGUGAAAGCUGUCCUCCAGGUACUCGGAAGGCUGUAAAAAAAGGAAGACCUGUUUGCUGUUACGACUGCAUUCCAUGCGCAGAAGGAGAGAUCAGCAAUGAGACAGAUUCUCCAGACUGUGACAAAUGUCCACCUGAAUACUGGCCCAGUACUGAGAAGGACAAGUGUCUUCCUAAACCAGUGGAGUUUCUGUCUUGGGAUGAGAUCCUUGGGAUUAUCCUUGCUGCUCUCUCUGUUUCUGGCACAUUAUUGGCUUUAAGUAUGGCUUUAGUGUUUUAUAAAAACAGGGCUUCUCCAAUAGUGAGAGCCAACAACUCUGAGCUGAGCUUCCUGCUGCUCUUCUCACUGACUCUGUGUUUCCUCUGUUCACUCACUUUCAUUGGUCAGCCCACUGAGUGGUCCUGUAUGUUGCGUCACACAGCGUUUGGGAUCACUUUUGUUCUCUGUAUCUCCUGCGUUCUGGGGAAAACAAUAGUGGUGUUAAUGGCCUUCAAAGCUACACUUCCAGGAAGUAAUGUCAUGAAAUGGUUUGGGCCUCCUCAACAGAGACUCAGUGUUUUUGGUUUCACUCUUGUACAGAUUAUUAUAUGUGUGCUUUGGUUAACAAUAUCUCCACCAUUUCCUUACAAGAAUAUGCAGCACUACAAAGACAAGAUCAUUCUAGAAUGCAGUUUAGGGUCAGCUGUUGGUUUCUGGGUUGUACUAGGUUAUAUUGGCCUUUUAGCAUCCCUUUGCUUUGUUUUAGCUUUUCUGGCUCGGAAGCUGCCUGAUAACUUCAAUGAGGCUAAAUUCAUCACCUUCAGUAUGCUCAUAUUCAGUGCUGUUUGGAUCACCUUUAUCCCAGCUUAUGUCAGUUCUCCAGGGAAAUUUACUGUAGCUGUAGAGAUUUUUGCCAUUUUAGCUUCAAGCUUUAGUCUGAUUCUUUGUAUUUUUGCUCCAAAGUUUUUCAUUAUUGUAUUUAGGCCAGAAGAAAACACCAAAAAACAUUUAAUGGGUAAAGUACAAACAAAAUCUCUCUGA